CAUUUUGAUUGGAGGCCGCGAACGAAGAGUAAUGGCGACGACAGCAACAACAGCGGCGGCGGCUCCGGGUGGUGUCUGGGGGGGUCACGGCGGCCUCACCCCGUCCCCUCCGCGGUAUUUCACCUUCGAGAUCCCCCCGAGCCCCAGCGGGACCCCACGGCCGCGUCGUCGGCACCGCCGGGUCCUGUAUCCACCCGUGGUACGACGGCCGCCCCCGACAGAAGAAGUCAGCCUGGCCACGCGGCUCCUCCUGGUGUUGUUGGCAGUGGUCGGUGUUCAGGUGUACAGCACGCCGGCGGAGACGGUGACACUCGGGGAGGAGGUGGUGGUGGUGACACCUGAGGUGGUUGAGGUGACAACACAGCUGGGAGGAUUGGUGGCGGUGGCACCCGAGGUGGUGGCGGUGGCACCCAAGAUGGUGGCGGUGACACCCAAGAUGGUGGCCGUGGCACCCAAGAUGGUCACGGUGACGACGCAACCGGGAGAGGUGGUGGUGGCGGCGGCACCUGGGGUGGUUACGGUGACGGCACAACCAGAAGAGGUGGUGGUGGCACCCGAGGUGGUGACACCUGAAGCGGUCACGGUGACGGCACAACCAGGAGAGGCGGCCAUGACACCCAAGGUGGUUGGGAAGACAACACAACCAGGAGAGGUGGUGGUGGCACCCGAGGUGGUGACGGUGACAACACAACCAGAAGAGAUGGCGGUGACACCUGAAUUGGUUGGGAAGACAACACAACCAGGAGAGGUGGUGGUGACAACCAGGGUGGUCGCGGUGACGCUCAACGUGUCAUCGUUACCACCUCACGUGUCACCGCAACCAACGCAACCCGAGGAGGUGGUUGUGGGGACAGCACAACCUGAAGAAGUGGUGACACCGGAGAUGGUCGUGCUGACAACACAACUUGGGGUCGUAGAGCUGCCUGGGAUGACUGUGACACCGCCGGUGACAACGUGCCCAUCCAAUGGGGGACGGGUGACACCCGUGGGAACCUCCUGCCCACGGUUGUUACCGUCUCCAACCCUGCGGGCCUACAACGUCACUGCACACUGACAACCCAUCCGGUCACCCUGUUGUCUGGGUGACACCGUACGACUGUCACCUCCACCUGGAGGUGACACCCGGUGCCCUGCUGUGCCUGUUGCUGUGUCACGGUGACACCCACGGAUUCGGGGACGCUUUGGGGGACCAUCGCCGCGGUAACGGCACCGCGGUGGCACCGAGCACCCAUGGGUGCCCCCUACCUCACCCUCAGAGACCUCCUCCGUUCUUUGUGGGUCACGCCGAUAUUUAUUGGUCGUAUUUGUAUUUAUUUAAGGGGUUAUUUAAUUGUAGGGUAUUUAAUAUUUAACACUAUUUAUUUGGGGGCUGUUUAACCCCAGUUUUGGGUUAUUUAUUACAGAAGCUGUUGUUUACAA